CGGAGGCACUCGAGGGGGUGGUGGCUGGGAGGGACUUGCGCUGCAGACCGUGUGGAACUCGGGAUCCAGGAAGCCAGAAGCUUCUCCACCCGGAGAACUGGGACAUGAGACACUUCUCUCCAGCGCGGGGCCCAGGUCUGGCUUGGCCAGGACAGGGGCACUCAGGACAGUCCCCCGUGUCUCAUUGACACAGUGUUUCGUGGGCGGAAGGAAGAGGUUGGGAGCAGUGGUGUUGGCGGCCCUUUCAGAUCUUCCCGGCAGGGAAUGCAUCAUCAAAUCAAAGUUAAAGGCGCAGCUGUGACGGGAAAGCCCUGCGGGAGGCAGUGCGGGAUCCUGGUGCUGUGCGACUUCAGUCCUGGCAUAGCCCUCCCUGAGCCUCUGGAGAGGAAUUUCCAGUGUGUGAGUUCAGGAAAGGCCAAGAGGAAGAAGGACUUACGGAUAUCCUGUGUGUCCAAGCCGCCUGCGCCCAACCCCACCCCCCCUAGGAACCUGGACUCCCGGACCUUCAUCACCAUUGGAGACAGGAACUUUGAGGUGGAGGCCGAUGACCUGGUGACCAUCUCGGAGCUCGGGCGUGGAGCCUAUGGGGUGGUGGAGAAGGUGCGGCACGCCCAGAGCGGCACCAUCAUGGCUGUGAAGCGGAUCCGGGCCACUGUGAACUCCCAGGAGCAGAAACGCCUGCUCAUGGACUUGGACGUGAACAUGCGCACGGUCGACUGCUUCUACACCGUCACCUUCUACGGGGCCCUCUUCCGAGAGGGAGACGUGUGGAUCUGCAUGGAGCUCAUGGACACGUCUCUGGACAAGUUCUACCGGAAGGUGCUUGAGAAAGGCAUGACGAUCCCCGAGGACAUUCUGGGGGAGAUUGCUGUGUCUGUAGUGAGGGCCCUGGAGCACCUGCACAGCAAGCUGUCCGUCAUUCACAGAGAUGUAAAGCCUUCGAACGUCCUCAUCAACAAGGAGGGCCACGUGAAGAUGUGUGACUUCGGGAUCAGCGGCUACUUGGUGGAUUCUGUGGCCAAGACGAUGGAUGCCGGCUGCAAGCCCUACAUGGCCCCCGAGAGGAUCAACCCGGAGCUGAACCAGAAGGGCUACAACGUGAAGUCCGAUGUCUGGAGCCUCGGCAUCACCAUGAUCGAGAUGGCCAUCCUGCGGUUCCCCUACGAGUCCUGGGGGACCCCCUUCCAGCAGCUGAAGCAGGUGGUGGAGGAGCCGUCCCCUCAGCUCCCGGCUGACCGCUUCUCUCCGGAGUUUGUGGACUUCACUGCCCAGUGUUUGAGGAAGAACCCUGCGGAGCGCAUGAGCUACCUGGAGCUGAUGGAGCACCCUUUCUUCACCUUACACAAAACCAAGAAGACAGACAUCGCUGCUUUUGUGAAGAAGAUCCUGGGAGAGGACUCGUAGAGGGGCCCCCAACCCAGAGCCCUCUGCGGGGCGAUGCUUGCCCACACCCAUAAGCUACUGCCACUGGCCGUGGGCAUCCUGGGAGGACUCGAGGGGCUGGUCCCAAGUGCCAAAGAACCAGACUGUCAGGGCUCCCUGCGGCCCUCAUGGGCCUACCAGUGCCUCUGUCCUGCUGCUUCAAGGACCCCAAGUCUUCAGCCCCCAAGACCCUGGACUUGUGGGGACCUGGAUACCCCCAGAUGUUGCCGCCCCUCACAGAGAAGGCAGCCGGCACCUGUGCACUGCCUGGCCCCGCCCGGAUGCCUUCAAGUUGUAUAUUUUUCUACUUCUUGACUGAAUGGACUUUGCACACUUUGGCUCAGGACUCUGUGCUGGGUGGUGUGGGGUGCGGACGGGUGAGCCAUGUGGACCUCGAGCCCCCUGAGGGAGACCCAGCUGCUGGAGCCCUCGCCGGGCGCUGCACGCAGGCCUCCCGGGACCCUGUGGCCCAGCCCCUCCUGUCACAUCUACUAGGGGCGUCGUUUCACUUUUUUUUUUUUUUUUUAAUUUAUCCUCUUUUUCCCUUUUGCUUUGUGGGUUUGGCUGGGUUUUUAUUGCUGUUGUUGUUGUUUGUUUUGCAUGGUGUGGAGCCACAUACGUUUUCUGCCACCCCCGGGGGCCAGCAGCCAAGACUCACCUCUGCUCGGGUGGCUCUAGGAGGUUGGCCUCCAGUCUCUGCUCAGAGACACUCCUCGGGGCUGGCCUGGCAGGCUAUAGAUUAGCUUUUCAUAAUAUGUGUGUGUGUGUGUGGGUGUGUAUAUACACACAUAUACAUAUAUGCUUUUUUUUUUUUAAGAAAGGACUACCUGUCCUGGGUUCUGUCCCUGAUGGGUGGGGGCAGUUACCUGUUUGCUGUUUUAAUAAAAAAAAAAAAGUGGAUCCGAAGGCGGCGUGAGACUGUCACCGUGAUGAGCCCACGCCUCGGGAGUGCCUGUGGCCACUGGAAGGACCCCUGCCCUGGGGUGGGGCUGGGCUGUGUGGUCGGGGGAGGGGGUUGCACCAGGGCCCCGGGGCGGUGCUGAGAGGCCGGUCCUGUGCUGGGUGCUGGGCGGAGCAGCAGACACAGGCCUGACCGCUGGUGGGCCUGACCCCUGGUCGUGGGAGAGCGCUCUGCCGAUGCCCUCCCCUGGAUGCUGUCCGCUCACGGAGGUGGGAUGUUGUCUUGGGCUACGAUGUUGUCCCAGUUUCUGAAAAACAGGCCCAGAGAGCUGAAGUGACGCGCCCCAAGCACCCAGCUGGUAAUGGUGAGAAGCAGCUUGGAACCAGGCCGUGUACCCUGGGAGGGGAGCUCGAGGGAGGCCUCGUUGCCAAGGUCCAGUCUGACCUGUGGUCCUCGGGUCUGGGCUGGGCGGGAACUGCCAUCACCACCGUCAGCAGCAGGAGUGACUGCUCACGUGAGCACAGCUCGCCCUUCGGCUGCUGUGCGGCUCAGGCAGUCGGGCAGGAGCAGGUUGGUCCCUGUAGCGCUCGUGUCCGCCUUAGCUGCUUUCUCUCGGUCCACACCCUUCGUGGGGACAAGGCAGGACCCAAGGGCUCCUCCCAGUUUAGCAAAGGGGCUCAGACUCCAGCUGCAGCCCCAGGUCUGGCUUGUUGGGCGGGAAGGGGUCACAUCUACCCCCCCCCCCUCCCGCCCAAGUCAUCAGCCAGGAGGGUCAGCCCACCCACAUCUCAGGGUUGAGAAUGCACCUCCCUAGUCCUCCAGGGGAACUCAGGGCAUCUUCUCUGGGGUCCUCUCUCCUCUACCUCAGCGCCCCUGUCCUCAGGCCCCCACCUGUCCUCAGCACAACCUGGUGCCAAAGAGCCUCCAGUCCAGGACAGCCUUCUGCCCACUAACCCUUCCCUGGCACACACUGAACACUUGAAGGCACGUCUGUGCUGCUCCCUCCCAGCCUCCCUCCAUGAUGAAGGCUGUUCUCACCUUGGGGUCUUUGCACAGACUGUACCCCCGGCCUGGGACCCCUUCCCCCAGGCCUGCCAGGCUUUGUCCGAGUAGAUCUGACUGCCACUGUGCUCGCUCAGCCUUUGUUAAUGAAUAAAACAUACAACAAA